UGUUCAUGUAUGCGAGUGUAGCUCUGACUUUCCAAUGAAGUACCUAUAAUCGAUGUCAAGAUAAUCGAAGUGAUAUCGCCCAACCCUACUGGUAUCCAGUGCGAAGCGCGAAUCUAAGCAUUUGUUCGCAUAUUAUGUGGUCGCCAGAAUUGAUCGAGAUUUUAGAAACGUCUUCUCUUCAAUGGAGCAGUCUUUUUUGUGAGAAUUUAAAUCAUCAAAACACAUGAAUUAUGGCUCUUCUUGGAGCACAAUUAGUCAUUACUCUUAUAAUGGUCAGUACUAUUCAAAAAUUAAGUCCACAUUUUUCCUUUGCGAGAUGGAUCUUAUGUUCCACUGGAUUGACACGAUAUCUGUAUCCGACAGAUCAACAACUUAGAGCUUUAGCUGGUAUACCAAAAGAGAAACCAAAGAAAGGAAAGCACAACGAGAAUGGUAAAGUGGGAGAUGUAUUUCACGUCCCUAGAAAUCUAGACAUCAAACUUGAAAGUGCAAAAGUGACAAAGUAUGAUAUAGUACACUUAAAAUAUUAUACAGAAUAUCAAUGGCUAUUGGAUUUUUCUAUAUAUGCUACUAUUGUUUACAUACUGACAGAGGUAUACAAUUAUUUUUAUCCAAUCAAAGAUGAGAUCAAUCUCAGUAUACUAUGGUGUUCAUUGGUUUUGGGUUUCGCAUUUAAAGUACUGCUUUCCCUCUGGAUACAAUAUUUCAAAGGUGAAGAAAGUGUAGGUGAAAGGUCUACAUGUAUUGUUACUGGAUUUGCCUAUCUUCUUAUUGCUAUGAUGGUUCUGAUAGUUGAUGAAAAUAAGUUGGAAAUUGGCCUGGAGAAAGCAUAUACAAGUUUCAAUCAUAGCGCUUCUUUGUUUUUAGAUAAUCAAGGACUUUCAUCAACGGGGCCAGCUUCCAAAAUUGUUGUAAAAUUUUUCCUCGCUAUAUGGUGUGGCCUACUUGGAUCUUUGUUUACUUUUCCAGGAUUGAGAGUAUCAAAAAUGCAUUGGGAUACACUGAAAUAUUACAAAGAUAGCAAGUUGUUAUUAUUGGUAGCAAAUAUCAGCUAUGCUUCACCUUUUCUAUUAGUGAGCUUAUGGAUUACACCAAUAAGUAGAGAUUACUUAACUGUGCGGAUAUUUAGUGGCAUGACUGGCCCACUAAUGACAGCUGCAACGUUUGAAAGUAUGAGAUUGCUUGCUGUUGUUGUUGCUGUUUUAUUGAAGAUUGUACUCAUGCCAAUAUAUCUGCAAUCCUAUUUAAAUCUGGCCAUUCAAAGAUUAGAAAUUCAAAAAAAGGAGGCUGGUAGAAUAACCAAUGUUGAUUUGCAGAAAAAGAUUGCAGCUGUAUAUUACUAUCUCUGUGUAGUAGCGUUACAAUUCGUUGUACCAAUAAUUAUAUGUUUAUUUUUCACAUUUUUGUAUAAAACACUCGGCGGAUUUACGUGGGAAGGUAUCUUGAAAGGAACGCUCGAAGAGGAAUGUCCAGCAGAUGAAUUGCCGAAGUCAUCCGUACCACCUACAAGUAGCAAUGAUAAUACUGAUAAGACUGUCGUACAAACUGCUGAAGAACUUCAACUUGCGUUAAGUUCAUUAAAGCAGAUAUUUACAACAGACGUUUACAGAGGUGUUUUAGGAUUAGCAACAUGGUGGAGUUGCUUCGCGUUAUUUGCCACUACUGCUAUGGGCAUGUUUUAUCAAUCGUAUUUCUCGAAUGUGUGAGAGUCUGUUGAAAGAACAUAGAUUUAGAUACGUCACAUCGCACAAACCUCCAUCAAAUCAGUCAUCCGUUGUUAAAGAUAUUAUCCAUUGAGAUACGUAUUUUCAAUUAUCUAUUUUAACGUAUGCCUAUCCUCAAACAAUUAAAAUGUCAGUUAUCAAUAAUGUGACAUUUUGUAAUUCAUACGGCAAUAUAAACUAUGUCACAGUUGUACUAUAAAUAAAGACAUCUUGAAACUUAAAUCUUGAAACUUAAGAAUGUCUCUCAUGUGGAAAAUAUGAUAAAUAUAACAUUUUAAUGCAUUCUUUAUACAUGGUGAAGGAGUGAAAGAGAAUCAAAUUGUAUCUAUAAUAGUUUUCUCUAAUGUACGGAUUUCUAUUACUUGAAGCUGAUGUAUUGUAUGUGAUAUAUUCAUUAUGCAUGUACUCUUGAGCAACUCGUAGAUUAGAGCACAAGUCUUCAAAAUAAUAUUUUACAUUUACGAAUUGAUGCAUUCGUUUACCGAAGGUAUAAGGCGAACUUGUACAAAAAAAAUUUUGUGCUCAUACUAUGUAUAAUAUUACUACGUGUAACAGAAGUAAAGCUUGACAUCAUUAAUGCUACCGGCUGAACGCUUAAUAUUCAAUGAUCGUUCAUCCAAUCGCAAUUAAUGCUCUCCGUAUAGUGUUUUGAAAGUAGCUUUCUCUGUUAUCAAUGAUCUUGAUCUCGGCAAAGACAGUUUUCUUUUCUAGUCAAACCUGUAAUCUCUAUUUGCAUUUAUAUGUGAAAACUUAAGGAAUAUAACGCAUUAUUAUGCGAGAUGCAAUUUAUGAUACUGUCUGUCAAAUAUAUUUUGGAAAAGAAGCGGUUACACCUGGUCUCAUUACGGUGCAUGAAUUAUUCGAUUGCGGUAUACCAGAGAAAGUAUCUACAAAAAUGACGUCGAUUGAAUGCGACUCACGUUUCGAAGCGAGUGCUUCCGUAGUAUAUAGCGCCCCACAAGUUUUCCUAGCGCCGUAAUACUGUUGUGAUUUUCGCCAGCGAUAAUACUGUGCUUCUGUUAUCACGCUGCAAAAUUAUUCAUAGUUUUUGAUUUACAAUGUUGGUGAGUGAACAAGUAUGACGGAUUAUAAUGUAUUACUCUUACAUCUAAAUGUUCUAGUUCCGUAAUUCUUAUAUUUUUUAAAUAUUUACUCACAAUAAUGAUCUAACUCUUUAUCGAAAUGUACGUUGAUAGCAUUAUUAUGAUUAAUAUGAUUAGGAUAAUUGUAAUGUUGAAGCGCAACUUUUUUCGAUGGAUUGAUGAAUAAUCGAUAUUAAACGAAAAUUUUAUGAUGUAUAUUACAUAAAUGAUUAGUUUGCAGGA